GGGGUGGGGCGGCAGGACGCCCCUGACCUAGGCGGGCGACCUAGAGGCUUUGCAGUGAGGCGGAUCCGGUGCCUUCUCCCCAGACCUCGUGGAGGCCAGCUUCGUUUGGGGAGUGAUGCCAGGCGGAUUUUUACCCUCCAGCGCCUACUGUGUGCCUGGCCCACGCUGAGCACUCACGCUUCUUACCUCCAGGCCUCCCUGCACCCAGGCAGGGGCCUCACGCCUUUCCCAUUGGAAACACUGGCCGGGAGUCACCAAAGCAAAAUGGACAGGGAGGGACCCAGUGUCUUCCUCUUCCUCGGUUUACUUCGUUGUUUGGAUGAAGCACAUCCUCCAGUAGCUUCCUGAGAAAGAAUGCCUGGGAGAUCCGUAUGUUAAACUGCUGCUUGAUGCCAUGAAGCAUUCAGGUUGCGCUGUUAACAAAGAAAGACACUUUUCUUGUGAAGACUGUAAUGGAAAUGUCAGUGGAGGUUUUGAUGCUUCAGUGUCUCAGAUUGUUUUGUGCCAGAAUAAUAUCUGUAAUCAGGCCCAUAUGAACAGAGUGGUCACCCAUGAGCUCAUUCAUGCAUUCGAUCAUUGUCGAGCUCAUGUCGACUGGUUCACCAACGUCAGGCACUUGGCCUGCUCUGAGGUUCGAGCUGCUAACCUUAGUGGAGACUGCUCACUUUUAAAUGAAAUACUCAGGUUACAUUUUGGAUUAAAACAACACCAUCAGACUUGUGUGCGAGACAGAGCCAUUCGUUCUAUCCUGGCUGUUAGGAACAUCAGCAAAGAAGUAGCUCAGAAGGCUGUUGAUGAAGUUUUUGAAUCUUGUUUCAAUGACCAUGAACCUUUUGGAAGGAUCCCUCAUAAUAAGACCUAUGCAAGAUAUGCUCAUAGAGACUUUCAAAACCGGGAUCGGUACUACUCAAAUAUAUGAAGACGAUGACAUUUUAUAUUGCAGAACUUCAGUGAUCAUGAAGAAAGUAUGGUUCCCAAGUGGACAAACAUAAAAUGUAAAUGAUCAAUUAAAUACAGAGAAGACACAGAAGAUGCUGAUUCUAGCAUCAGAAAAAGUAACUGUGGUAAGAAAUGAAACUGCCUUAAACUCCAAGGCAAAAAUUGUAUCUUUGUAGCUAACCAUUUGGUAAAUAAGGCAAAUAAAUUGCAUUUUAAAAUUUUCUACAA